UGAUAAUCAGGUUUAAUCUUAACUCGGAAGCGUAUCAGCGAAAUUUAGCAAAUUAAUGCAAUGUACUUAUGGAGUGGUUCAUUUAUACUACACAGUACUGUGUAGUUAGUUCUGUCAACAGUAAUAGAUACUGCAUUUGAGUCAACCAACAGACUUCCAUAUUCCAUCAUUAUACGUGUUCGUUAAGUCUUCCGCUACGUGAUCAAGUCAUAACAGGCGACCACAGAGCUGGUUCACUGAAGUAUGGAGCGAAUUUCGUGAAAACCGGCGAAAAAUCAGAAAUGAAAAACCUUUCGAACAACGCAUCGUCGGCACUUGCGCCAUUAAACACUGUUCUGUCUAAACGAGAAGCCAUUGUGUGGUGUUGUGCCUUUACAGUUUCAUCUGCCAUCAUUAUUACGGGAAAUCUUCUUACUAUUGCUCUCUUUACCAUCAAUAAAAGACUUCAGAAAAAACACUUCGUUCUUCUCAUUAACAUGGCCAGCGCUGAUCUGAUGUUAGGAGCUGUAUCUCUUCCUGUCUUUAUUUACUCAGUGGUCUGGAAAACGUAUGAGCAAAGGCAAGAGGAAAUGACAAGCACUUUCACAAUUUUUCGUGGCGUUUCCACCAUCUUUUACUCGCAAGCCUCAAUUAUUUUUGCAGCUUUCAUCUCCGGUGAGAGAGUUUUCGCCACGUAUUGGCCAUUACGACACAGAGUGGUAUCCUUGAAAUCAUAUCGUAGCGUGUGUUAUUCAGCAUGGGCCUUAGUUCUCCUAAGUACAGCAAUUCUUUCUCUACUAAGGAUUUUGGUGUCUAGAGAAGCUUAUUCCUGGCUCUGGGUGCAAUUCACCGCCAGUUUGAUAACCAUAAUAUGUGGUUGUAACAUCGGUGUUUGGAGAAAGUUCCAGAAAAGACGUUUUACUCAGAAUGCGAGAUCAUCACAGAAAAGACAGUUGACGAAGACAUUGUUGUUGAUAUCGCUGCUUGCUUUGCUGUCGUGGCUCCCAAUAAUUAUUUUAAACAUCUUCCAAACUGUUAAUUAUUCUGUGAAUAAGAACAUUUAUUUUACGGCAGUGUUUUUUAAUAUUUCAAGUUGCUUUGUAAAUCCGGUAACGUAUUUUGUAAGAAUUCACGAGUUCAGACAAGCACUCAUCGCAAAUUUCUACAAAAGAAAAACAAUGCGUGGAGAUACGUAUGUUAGUGUUGGAAGAGACAGGGCUUUCUCAAUCUUCUCAGUAUUAUCCAACGAUUUUGUGGACGUUCUGGAUACAAAAUUGUAGACGAAGAUUUUUCAGGGAAACACACUAUAUAAUAACAUAUAACUAAAGUCUAAAUUUAACGAAAAAACUGAACUCUCUCACCCUACUGUUUGUUGCAGUUUUGCACCUUUAUAGGGCGAUGUUAUAACUCUUUAUAACUAAAACAGAAUUUGAUUUCUACUAUUAUUCCGUCGCCUUAAAUUUUCAUACUUUAAAAUAAAAAGCAUUUCUCUCGGUCACGUAUAAUGUAAAAACCAACAUAUAUAUUAAAACCUUAACAAAAAGAAGACGUUAUUACAAAUUUUUUCUUAAUAUUACGAAUGACUCUUGAGAGUAAAAACCUUGUAAUAAGUGUGUAUAACUCAGAACUUUUGUACUCCAGGUUCAAUUAAACUAUUAGUAGAAUUCUAUCUAAGGAAACUUAACCUUCAACUGUGUCAAAGGACUAUUAGCGCAUUGUCAGACUAGAAUCCCAAGCCGGUGUCAGUAAACAGGUGGUCGCAUUUCAAUUUACACCUCUACGGCGACAUAACCAACCAAAAUUGUCAGGUGCGACAAUACAGCCUCCAUCUAGCAAAAGAGUUUCGGCUCGAAUCAUGAUUUGUGCGCGAACAGUCUUCGGACAGCUCAAGGAAAAUUUUGAGAUUUGUCUCAAGUCUAAAUUGAGAUGGGAAAGCUUUCUGCAAAUAGCAGGAAGGAAGAGAGAAAUUUUAGAGAAGUCGCUCAAGGGAACGUUUUAAAGCGAACAU